GCCGCGAGGGGCGGCGGGCGGAGCGCGGGCCCGGCCGGUUCCGCUGCCCCGCCGCGGCCCGGCCCGGCUCCCACCCGGCGCCGCUGCCCCCGGCCAUCCGCUCUCCGGCCCCGGCAGCGCCCCCCGGGAGCGAAGCGGGGCCGGGCUCUCCUCAGCCCGCCAGGGCGGGGCUUGUUCGUCGUCCCCGAUCGUGGCGGAGAGGCCCUUACGUGUUGCCAUGGCCGAGGGGGCCGCGGCGGCCCCGGCGUGCUUCAGCGAGGAUGAUUUUUACUGCCCGGUGUGCCAGGAGGUGUUCAAAACGCCCGUGAGGACCGCCAACUGCCAGCACGUGUUUUGCAGGAAGUGCUUCUUGACAGCUAUAAGAGAAAGUGGAACACAUUGUCCUCUCUGCCGAGGGAGCGUGACUAAAAAAGAAAGAACGUAUCCCAAAAGGGCUCUAGAUGUUGAAAACAGUAUGAAGAAAGCUUCUGGGGGCUGUAGAUGCUGUGAGAAGCAGGUUAGAUUUUCAUGGAUGAGACAGCAUUAUAAAACGUGUAAGAAGUAUCAGGAUGAAUAUGGUGUUUCUUCAAUUAUGCCAAAAUUACAGAUUUCCCAAGAUGCAACAGGGAACAGUAGCAGGAAUGAUGCAAUAUCUGACACUGGCGAGAUGGCUAAUAAUCAAAUACGUCAAGGAGAAACAAGUGGACACCCAACCUUCAAAUGCCCCCUGUGUCAGGAAGCCAAUUUUACCAGACAGCGCUUGCUGGAUCACUGUAAUAAUAGACAUCUUUAUCAGAUCGUUCCUGUGAUCUGUCCUAUUUGUGUAUCUCUUCCAUGGGCAGAUACUAACCAGGUUACUAGAAAUCUUGUUAGCCAUCUAAAUCUAAGACACCGAUUUGACUACGGAGAAUUUGUGCCUGCUCCAGAGACAACUGAAAUAGACAUAGAUGGAGGAAUUGAUCAGGACAUCUUUGACAUAAAUGAAGCUUUAGGACUAGACCUCUUUGAAGGAGACAUCAAACUUCCUGGGGAACGAAACUCCAUCAUUGGUGACAACUAUCGAUGGCCCCAUGUUAUCCCGUAUGUCCUUGAGGACAGCCUGGAAAUGAAUGCUAAGGGGGUUAUCCUCAAGGCAUUUGAACAGUAUCGACUGAAAACCUGUAUUGACUUCAAACCUUGGGAAGGGGAGAAGAAUUACAUAUCUGUGUUCAAAGGAAGUGGCUGCUGGUCCUUAGUGGGAAACAGGCAAAUGGGCUUGCAGCAACUCUCCAUCGGAGCCAGCUGUGACAGGAUUGGGACAAUCCAGCAUGAAUUCCUGCACGCCCUGGGAUUCUGGCAUGAGCAGUCUCGGUCUGACCGGGAUGACUAUGUCAGCAUCGUCUGGGACAGGAUUCAGUCUGGUAAAGAACAUAAUUUCAAUAAAUAUGAUGAUAAAAAAUCAGACUUCCUGAAUGUUCCCUAUGACUACAAUUCUGUGAUGCACUACAGCAAGACUGCAUUCAGGAAUGGAACUGAGCCCACCAUCAUCACCAACAUACCAGACUUCAUUGACGUCAUAGGACAGCGAAUGGGUUUCAGUGAGUACGACCUCCAGAAACUGAACCGGCUCUACAACUGCACCUCUUCCCUAAGCUUCAUGGACACAUGCAGUUUUGAACUUGAAAAUAUAUGUGGCAUGAUUCAAAGUUCAGAUGAUAACAGUGACUGGCAGCGUUUGUCUCAGGUUCCAGCUGGGCCAAAUACUGAUCACACUAAUAUGGGAGAAUGCAAAGAUUCUGGCUACUUCAUGCAUUUUGACACCAGUGCUGGAGGAGAAGGUAGCACAGCUGUCCUGGAGAGCCGAAUUCUGUAUCCCAAAAGAGGUUUUCAGUGCUUACAAUUCUAUUUAUAUAACAGUGGUAACGAGAGUGACCAGCUGAAUGUCUGGGUCAGGGAGUACACGUCUGCCAAUCCAAAUGGCACUCUGAGAUUCAUCAAGGAGAUAAAAGGUUCACCUGAGACCUACUGGCAGCUCCAUCAUGUUUCUUUGAAUGUCACCAGUAAAUUCCGGGUUGUGUUUCAAGGUGUGAGAGGAAGUGGCUUGUCAAAUGGAGGCCUCUCUAUUGAUGACAUCAACUUGUCAGAAACUCAGUGUCCCCACCAUGUCUGGCAUAUCAGAAAUUUCACACAGCUCCUCAACACAAGUCCAGCAGGGAAAGGUGGGGUAGUAUACAGCCCACCUUUUUACUCUAGUGAAGGAUAUGCUUUCCAGGUCAGCUUGUAUGUAAAUGGUACCAUUGAUAGCCCAUUUAAUUUAGGAAUAUACUUGUCCUUGAUUUCUGGAGCAAACGAUGAUCAAUUGAAAUGGCCCUGUCCAUGGCAACAAGGUACCAUGAUCCUGCUUGACCAGCAUCCUGAUAUUCGUCAACAGAUGUCAAACCAAAGAAGUAUAACAACAGACCCUCUGAAGUUAUCAGCCUCAUCAAACUAUAUUUGGGACAGGCCAGAUAAAGUAGGAACCGAAGCAACUUUUCCCAAUGGAACUAAAUACAUGAGAGGUCCAGGAGUUGGAACAAGUGCAUUUUUAACUCAUGAGAGACUUAGAAGCCGCAACUUUAUCAAAGAAGAUGGUGUUUAUAUUCUUUUAACAAUGGAAGAUAUAUCACAUCUCCUGUCAACUCAGCCGAGCAUUCCACCCCCUGUUGUUACAAGUGCCAGCACCACCAAACCUGGCCCUCACCCCACUGCCACCACCAAGCCCCCCAGUGGCACUAAGACCACCACCACCACCACCAGCAGCAGCACCACGGGCAGCACCACCCAGCCUGGAGAUCCAGAGGCUCCAGCCUUCUGCUCAGACAACCCCUGUGAAAACGACGGCGUCUGUGUCAUGGUGAACAGAGCACCUGUGUGCAGAUGUCCAGCAGGUGACAACUGGUGGUACAUGGGAGAAAAGUGUGAAAGAAAAGGCUCAACUCAAGAAAAUACUGUAAUAGCUGUUUCUUCAACCAUAACUGUGUUUGUUGUAAUGCUAAUUGUCACCAUCACAACUGCAGUGUGCCUUAAAAAGAAGUACAAACAAAGAAAGGAGAAUAAGGAGAGUGUGACUCUAGCCUCUUUCAACAAAUAUACAGACACACACAUAUCUAUAUUCACUCAAAAGCAAACAAUUAAGUUAACUAAGAAGUAAAUGGGAAGAUGUCACAUUUUUGAAGCCUAAAGGCUACAGGUUAAGAAUUAAAGAGCUCCUUUAAGUGACACUAAUUUAUCAAACACCACAACCCCACUUAAUUCAAAACCUGUUCUCCUCUUCCACCCCCCUCCACUCUGUACCAAUGACAGCCUACAUUGAGUGGGAUAGUGUGAGCAAAGGGCCUAAUUUUCAAAUUGUAAUUAAACCAUAUUUUCUGCUCAGUAAAUUUGUAUUUCAUCUAUUACUGCCUAUUCUAAUAAAGAUCCCUCCCUGGAUAUGGUGCUAAAAAAUGCAUCCCAGGAUGUCAAAACAAAAAGUGAAUAUAAAAAAUAAUUUUCCACUUUCAAAGGCCAUUUUUUAUGCAAGGCAUGAAGUAGCCAUGGAAAUAUUAACUUAAGGAAAUGUUAAGAAGACAUCAGAUUAAAACUGUCUAGAUGACAAGAUCAGAAAUUCCAUUACUGGAUAGAAGCAGCAUUUGGGCAUGUUUUCACAGGAAAUUUCAUGCAGUCUGAGACACAUGGACUCCUACUUUAAGUAGAGGCUUGUCUACUUAAAGGGCUUACUUAAGAAGCUUGUUGCAAGCGCGACAUAGUUUAGAGGGACUCACAGGGCACAGGAGAAAUUUUGUAAACAAACUGAAGAGGAAUAUCCUUCCAGAAAGCAGAGUUCCAUUUUUAAUUUUGUACUAAUACUCUUCAUGUGAUACCCCAUUGAGUUGCAGUACCUCUGUACAGUGUCAGAUACUUGACACUGCUACUUUAUGACUGUCCAAUAAAUAGUUUUGGUUUCUUUGCAAGCAAUGCUCUUACAUUAUGCACAUAUUUCCCUUCCCUAUACACUUUUAAGAUGUGUUUGGUUUUUUCCCUCACUUAGACUAAAACAUCUUUCUGAAGAUAAUGCAAACAAGCAUCAAAGACACAAGAUGAACAUCACUGCAAAACCACAACUACGUCAUCAUUCUUUCUGUUCCUUUUAUCUCAAGCAUCAUGAUAAAACUUUGUAAAGUCAGGAAAAUAAUUCAUCAUCUGUAUAAAACACUGUGCUAAAGUCAGUGGAGUGUCUGACAGUGUUGUGUAUCGUCAUUCAAUGGAGAAAAAUGGAAAUACAUUGUGUGACAUGGCUGCCUUAUCCUUCAAGUCUACCUAAACAUGAAGAAAACAUGAAAAUGGCAUCCUGAAUUUCAGUCAACACAGGAAAGUCCAAGUUUGCUAUACUAUCAUUGCAUAGUUAUCUAUAAUAAAGGGGAUUUGGACCCAGCA